AUGUCCAGCAACAACCCCGGCAAGGACUACUACAACUUCGCUGCCAACGAGGACUUCACCAUCGGUCACAACCCCCUCGACACGAGUGUCUUCCUGCUCGGAGACCGUGUGCUCGUCAACUUCUACGACGGGGAUUUCGCUUACGGUCAUAUUGCCUCUUGUAGGUUGUCGAUGGCGAGCGACGCGAACGCAAAGCUGAUCACACAAGUAGACUACCACGACAAAUUCCACAAGCGCAUGGUUCUCUCACCAGGCACUUGCCUCGUGACGCCCAGCGGAAUGAGGAAGUCCAACGGCUUGUCUUUCAAGACUGCCAUCAUCACCCGCGUCCAGCGCAUCUGA